CCUACCUAUCAGUCAGGCGACAGCAACGAAAGAGGAUUUAAUCAAUAACCCGCCUUCUCCCAGCGACAAAUAAACCGAGGCGGCGCUCGUGCCCUUGCUCGUCUUUUACCUUUGCGUGCGCGCGUCCGGUUUCCCUCUAAACAGGUUUGACCGGGACACACCUGAGAGCAGAAAGCAGGAAGCCUUUACCUGUGUGCGUCGACGCUUUUCUUCACUCUUAUCUCUGACGCCUGCGGACGACGGACGGAUAAACGGGAGACUCUUCUAACUCAGUAGUUUUUUUUUUUUUGCUUCCUCUUAAAUCAUGAACGCGUGGAUUUUUGUCGUCCUCGCUGCCCUUGCGGCAGGAGCCUCUGCUCAGAGCUGCUCAUGUGAAACAAUGAAGUGGGCCACCUGUGAUGGGAAUCCAUGUACAUGUUAUGUUUUGGUGGGCAACAAUGAGAGGCAAAACCUGAACUGCUCAACAAUGGUGCCCAAGUGCUUCUUGAUGAAGGCUGAGAUGUACCGAGCCAGGAAGGGCCUGGACACUCGUUCUGGAGGAAAGCCAGUGGAGUCGGCCUUCGUGGACAACGACGGCAUCUACGACCCCGAGUGCGAGAGCGACGGCAAGUUCAAGGCCAAGCAGUGCAACAACACCGAGGAGUGUUGGUGUGUCAACAGCGCCGGCGUUCGUCGUACUGACAAGGAAGACAAAAACAUCAAGUGUGAGAAGCUGGUGGAGACCUACUGGGUUCGUCUUCAGCUGACACACAAAAAACUGUCAACUCCGGUGAAGAACACUGAUAUUAAGACCGCCAUUGCAGAUGCUAUCAACAAGCGCUAUGGCGGCUUCAACAGUGCCUUGAUUGAGAAGGUGGAGUACAUCCCUGAUGAGCGUUUGGUCCUUGUGGAUGUGAAGAAGACAAUAGGAGACCGCCAGAAUGACCUGACCCAAAUGGCUUACUACAUGGAGAAAGAUGUGAAGGUGCUGCCCCUCUUCAAGAGUCAGGAUAAGUUUGCACCAGUCGUGGAAGGUCAGAAAAUGGAAAUGGAGAACAUUUUGGUGUACUACGUGGACGAGGAGGCCCCGACCUUCACCAUGAAGAACCUGACGGGCGGAAUCAUCGCCGUCAUCGUGGUGGUGGUGCUGGCUGUGAUCGCCGGCCUGCUGAUCGUGUUCUUCGCCACCAGGCGUAACAGGAAAUACAACAAAGCCCAGCAAAGAGAGAUGGACAACAUGUAAAGCGGAGGAGUCUCUUCUUGUACAAGGCUAAUUUUUAUCUUUUUACUUGAGGAACACCGAUUGUAAAGGAACAAUCAACUUUUAUUGUUUUGAGUUUUUGUUUUUUUUGUUUUUUUUUUUUUUUGUCGGCGCUGUGUGUAAUCGUAACUGUCAUUCCAUGUAUAUCCAUAAUAUAUUCACAGUGCCACAACUCGCUGUGCUUGGCAACGUGCCACAUUUUAACGUUCGAACUUUUUUGAAUGGUUUAAAUUCUACAUCAUAGGCUGUACAUAGGCUGUUUCUUACUAAUAUGUGUAUGUGUGUGUGCUGAAUUGUUUUUAAUAAAAAAAAAAUGUUUGGAAAAAAACCUACAA